UCACCCUUACCCUUCUCUCAAACUCACGCUACAGCGCCCGAUCACGCAGCUCUCGCUCUCUCCUCUCGCGCACGAGCCGACCCCUUGCCUCUUCUUCACUCGAGCAAAGCCCCACGAUCCAGACACCGUCGCUCGACCAACCCGACGCCGCCGCCACUUGCAUUCCACGCCGCUGUUACCUCCUUCCAGCUGGCCGAAACCAUCACGCUGCCGCCCGUUUGAAACCACCAUUCCGGUUCUUCCCUCCUUCCAUCUCUUCCACUCACUUCUUUCACUCCUUUCUCUCCCCUACACCUUCUUCCUCACGAAAUUUCUUCCUCCUCAACCUCCAUUUACUCUCAUAACUGAACAUUGCAAUAUACAGUAAUUCCGAGCUCCCAUUGAUUAUCAUUCCAAAUAUUUGGUUCGGAUUGUCAUUUGAACGUGCUAUUAGCCAUUCGACCAGGCAUCUCUUCUCAGGUGUCAAGUGAAAACGAGACUAAUACUUGUGUCUGCUUGUUUGCGCCUUGUUCUACCUUAGGCCUUAAGGCUUUGGUACAAGAAUUCUUUGAAGAAAUCCUUCUACCUCCAUUAUACAACCACAUUUGUCUACUUCUGCUUCACCAUAGGCGUAGGAGAAGUUAUGUUGCCAUAUAGCUGUUCACUUUCUAAACGGGAUAAGGUUUACAGACAUAUGAGAAAAUAUCUUGAGCUCAUACUCAACUCCCAAAGUGUAAUGGUCUUAGAUUUUUGAGAACCUUUCUGAGCCUAAUCGACUUCCUCUAGGAAGCUCCAGAAUAUGUAUAGAUAUCUAUCAAGAACUUCUUGUCGAAGGCAGAUGAAUCUUGGGAAAGUUACAAGAGGCAAUGAAAUAGUGUGGAGGAAUGGCCGUGCUAGAGUGCAAUCAUCUCAAGCUUUCUCUUAUUUAUGGGAUUUCCGCCCGUUUGGAAGUACAAACAAUUCAGGAACUCGGGAUGCACAAAUUCAAAUAAUUAAUGCUCUUCGUUUGGGGCAGAGAAACAAAGCACAUGAGUUGCUCGUUGAUCUUAGUUGUAUGAGUAACUCUUCAAAUGUUGAGGAUUUUGAUUAUAUAUUGGAAUAUUGCGCACGAGCUCCUGAUCCACUGUUUGUUAUGGAGGCAUGGAAAGUUAUGGUGAAAAAUGAAAUAAAUAUGAAGAAGAAAUCAUAUAGAUGCAUCAUUCUGGCUUUCAGUAAAGGAGGAUACUUUAAGGAGGCAUUUGAAUGGAUAACUUCUCUAGAGGAAAGUGAUCACUUCCAUGCUUGUCUACCUUUAUGCAAUAUAGUUCUAAGGGAAUGUAUUUAUAAGCAAAGUAUAAUUGAUGUUGGUCGCUGCUUGGAACUGAUGGACAACCAGCUAAUGGGAAGGUCUGAGAUAACGUAUUGGGAGCUUCUCAAGCAUUAUGUUCUACAAAAAAGCUUGUCUGGAGUUCAUGGUUUAUGGAAGGAUUGCAUCAAGCACUACAACCCAAGCAUUAUCAUUCUUAGAAAAUUUAUUUGGUCCUUCACAAGAUUGCAUGAUCUAGAAUCGGCCUACAAACUACUGCAAUAUAUGGUUUCCCUUGUUCAAAGCCGUCACGUCUCUCUCAGAAAAUCUGCUGCUGGAAGAUAUCAAUCAUCACAUUUAGAUAUCCCUAUACCACCAGCUUGCAAAUUAUCAGAUGAGGGUUUUAGGUUGAAGGAAAAUCUUCCUUUCGAAACUAUGUUUAAUGGCAAGUCGGUCAAAGAAGAUGAUGGCUUCAUGGCAUUUGAUAUAUCUGGUAAAGCCGGUUGCUCUAGUAGCAGUGUUGUUGACAACCUUUUAACGGUUGGAGAUAUUGCAGAUGAAUGUUUUGUGCCUAAUACGACAGAUGAUGUUUUCUCUGGGAUCCAUGGAAGUGAAUUGUUUGGCGAGCCAAAAGAAAAAGGUACUUGUUCUAAAAUAUCUUCUUCCGUUGCUGCUUGGAUUGACAAUCAAUCUUUUAAGAAAGAGAAAAUGAUAGAAGUCAUAGGCCAUUCAACGAACUGCUUACAAAAUGAUAAUUUUGAUUAUAGCAUACUAAAGGAAGCAGAGUUUAUACCAGUUUUCAAUGUUUUGAGAUGGUCGUUCAAUGAUGUGAUACAAUACUGCGCUCUAUCUAGAACAUGGGAGCAGGCUGAGUUCUUGUUCCUUCAGAUGCAAGCACUUGGAGUAGAACCAUCGCCUCAUACAUAUGAUGGCCUUAUUAAGGCUGCCACUCAGGGAAGAGCGCUAGCUUAUGGCUUGGAAUUGAUUAAUUCAAUGGAGAGAAGGGGCAUGAAGCCUUACAAUGAUACUAUUGCAAAUCUGUCAGUUGAACUCAGCAAGAUUUUGGAGUUGAAGAAGGCAGAGAGUUUAUUGGAAAUGAUCUCUGAUAGCCAUCAGAAGUACAUCCAUCCCUUCAAUGCCUUUUUGGUCGCAUGUGAUAUCAUGGAUGAACCUGAACGUGCAGUUCGCAUCUUAGUUAAGAUAAAGUGUUUGAAUAUAAGGCCAAAUAUCAGGACUUUUGAGCUUUUAUUCUCUUUGUUUGGUAAUGUCAAUGCCCCCUAUGAGAGAGGAAAUUGGCCUUCACAUAUGCAUGCUGCAGAGAGGAUAAGACACAUAGAGAUGGGCAUGAGGAGAAGCGGAGUUCAACACAGCUAUACGUCAAUGAAGAAUCUGAUAAGAGCCCUUGGAAUGGAGGGAAUGAUACCUGAGAUGCUCCAGCGUCUGGAAAUGGCAGAAAAGAUGUUACUGGAAAUGGAGCCUCAUAAAAUAACUGAUUUGUACAACAUCGUUCUUCAUGCACUUGUAGAAGCUGGACAUGGUCUGACCGCUAUUGAAUGCUUCCAAAGAAUGAGAUCAUAUGGUUUCCUAAUUGAUGCUGCUACAUAUCACAUUAUGAUAGAGUGUUGUAGCUUAAUUUCAUGUUUCAGGUCGGCACUUGCAUUAACGUCUUUGAUGCUCCGUGAUGGUUUCUUUCCACAGAUAAUGACUUACACGGCACUUGUGAAGGUUUUGCUAGCAAUUGAUGAUUUCCAAGGAGCAUUGGAUAUUUUUAACCAAGCAAGCUCUGAUGAAAUAAAACUUGAUGUCCAUUUAUUCAAUGAAAUCCUUCAACAAGCAUACGCAAAGAUAUCUUCAAAAGAAGUAGAAGAGCAUACAGAGGGACUAAUUGAUGUGAUAGAAACUAUCAUCGAGCAAAUGCACCAUGACAAAGUCAAGCCUGAUCCUUCAACCUGCACAUACGCAUUCUGUGCUUAUACAGAACUUGAUUUCCACAGCACAGCACUGGAAGCCCUGAGAGUACUGAGCCUGCGCAUGAUAUCUGAGAAUGAUGACGAUCUCCAUGAAAAAAGGACUAGAUUUGCAGAUCUAGUCUGCAACGAAGAUCCAGAUGUUGAAUCAAAAAUAGUCUCCAUCUUCAAAGGCGGCGACGAGUAUCUUGCGACUGGUUUACUGAACCUAAGAUGGUGCACAUUCAUGGCCGGUCAUCCGUUAUCAUGGUCACCGGAAGAAAGCGUAUGGGCUCAAAGGCUGUCAUCUUCAUAUUUUAACAGGAAAAGAAAUUCUGUGCAUUUUCUCUAACCUGUUUGAUCCAUAUUAGUAGACCUUCAAAUUGGCAUGGAAGGGUUUGCCACAAGCUCAGCAGAAUAAUUCUGGCAAGUUUGGGCAGUGGAGAACAUUUUGUGAGUGACAGAGGCUUACUUAUUAACCUUUCAAGGCAGGUAAGUUUUGAAGUGCAUUAUUCUUUGUACAUAGUAGUUUAUCAGUUAUUUACUAAAUAUUCAUUAUUAACUUAUGUGGUCUUCUGCGCCCUUCCUUUUAUUUUGCUCGUGAAUUCUUUGUAUUUGCUGUUAUUUUUGUAUGCUGCUAAGUCUUACAAAGUGUUGUAGUGGAACCAAAUAUUGGCAUUUAAAACUGUGAGUUUUUUAUCUCC